GGCUCGGUGACUCCACCACCUUCCUGGGCAUCCAUUGCAAUGCCUGACCACCCUUUCCGAAAAGUAAUACUUCCUAAUGUCCAGAAUCUAUAGGCCAUGAAAGGCUUCUCUGUUGGAUUUUGCUAUAAAUCAGUCUCAGGUAAUGCAAAGGAAAAUUCUGGCUCAGCUGAUCUUGUUACGAGAUCUUGUUAUGCUGAUAGAAUGAUAGCUGAUCUUGUUAUGUACACAAGUUAUUUGCAAGUUAUGUCCUUGUGUUGGCUUAAAAUUACUUGGAAGUGCAUUAUGUGUAUUUCUAGUUCUCUGUCAUGGUAGUUUUCAAAUAUAGAAAUGGCUGCUGCAAAGAGAACUUGAGUAAUAACUUGGGCUGUGAGUGGGAAAUAGUAGUUAAAGAAAACUGCAGCAUAGGAGUUAAGAGGUUAGGGAAACUGCUCCAGAUCUCCAUGAUGCCAGCUGCCAGAGAUUGGCUCAGCAAGGCAAUGGCAGGCACUGCAGACUGUGAUACAUCAAGAGCAGCAGAGCUGGGGUUGACCUCAUCUUGGGACAGAGCAACUAGACAGGAUCUCACGAGGUUACUAUCAGCUGCCUUUUUUGUACUACUCUGCACUUGUCAGUGAAACGUAGUGUCUUAGUUGAGGUUUAUUCCUCUUUAAAUAAGCCAACGAGAUUGGUGUGUUCUGGCCACGCAGUGGUAGAGGCCAGCUUAUGGAUACUCAGCUCAGAGUUGGUGCCAGCUGCAACUUUUAAAGCAGGCUGCAAGUGUAGAAGUAAACUGGAGAGAAAUGAAGGUUUGUCUGUGGUGUUCUCAGUUUUUCUUUGACUUAAAACCAACAAAAGAGCAUAAAUGCAGAGAAGCAAUGUACUGAUAAUAAAUGAUAGAACCCAAGGAAUCGCUUUGAUGUGCAGUGUUAGCAGUUCUCUGGUAAUUGAAGCAUAUUGCUGUGUACAGUUAUUAGUUUUUUUUUCACAUUUUACGUGGAGGAAUCAGCAGCAGAUCAGCUCUGCACCCAGCUUUGACAAGCAUCUGGCUUCUUGUAAUGGCAGUUGUGAAAGUAGAACUGGCUCACAGUGAUGUGCUCAGGAACGUGCUAGAAUGUUCUGAGGUGCUGUGCUGAGAUCAGAGCAUCUUGGUGAAUCGGGUCAGUUCAAGCUAGGCAGAAAACUCCUAACAUGAUAAAUCCACUGCUAAAUCUAACUGCUGAUUUCCCCUGAGUAAAACCAGGAGCUCACCAUGAACAAAAGCUUAUAAAUAAGUUGCAUUUUUACUGUGUUCGGGCCAACAUCAAUCUAAUUGUGAUGGCAUGCUCACAUUUUUACUGAGUUAAUUAGGAAAAAAAAAAACAAAACUAAUUAUUCUUGAUGUCCAAAACUGCAUUGGAAAAAAAAAGGGGGAAUGCUUUUCUUUCUGAAUGAAUAAGGUAGGAUGAUUAACAUUAACAUUUAGGGACUUAUUCUAAUUGCCAUCUAGAUAUAAGGAAUAUUGAAAUCCUGAGUACUUCAAAUAUCUUGGUUUAGAACCUCAGACCUGUUUAUUUUUUGAAGUCUUGAUAUAAUAAUCUCAGACAGUUCUGAAAUGAUUUUUUUUCUCCAGAUGUUGUCAUUGUUCUGUAUUCCAUUUUACUUAUUUCUUUAACUUCUUUUACUUGUUUAUCUCUUUACAACAGAAGUCAAAGAAUUUGUUUGCUUAAACACUUAAGGUAGCUUUCCCUCUACUUAAACCCCCUUUUUCCUGUUAUAGCAUCCUGCCAAAAUCAGGCUUUAAACUGCUACAGGUUUACUUCAUUUUGCUGUGAAGUUUUAUGGUUUUUUUUCGUUAAUUGUUGUACUAGGGAAUAUAUGGAUACCUGAAUGUACCUGCAUCCUAACCUGUGAAUACAAAGGAACAAAAACCCAAUGAAACAACACUUGCACGAAAUGUAUCUGCCUAGUGAUACAUGUGCAUGUGUUGUCACAGUGUACGUGUAUCUGUGUGUAGGGGAAAUCUUUCACAAGUGUCCAUUUAGGUACUCUUGCAGUUUUCUUUAUUGAGAUACUCAUGUGCUCCAAUAGGAGCUAAUCCUCUCUUCCUUCCAGCUUUGCAUUAUGGUUAUGCACCGCAUGAUAAGGGGUUUGAGUUCUGUUUCUAGGAACUUCUCAAAAUGUCCUAUGAGACUUCUUACAAGGUACUUAUGCCCUGUGCCCUAAGUUCCCCAUCUAUUAUAAGCUGCCUCCACAGGUACUGGUUUGGACUCUCCCUUUACAAACAUAGCUGGUGUAUUAAUGCUGAGAUUAAUUUCUUAGGACUUGCAUGCUGUGAAUGUAAGAUAUUGUAUUUUGAAGUACAGAAACACUUUUGAGGUUUAGGGUAAGAAUAAUGAUGGGUACCAUGACAGGAUGAGGAAUCCUCAUCUAUGAUUGCUAACCAAUUUUAAAGUAUUUCAGGUAGGUUUUCACAUCUUGUGAGUAUGUGGGUGAAACAACAGAGGCUGUAAGAGAAAAAGCUGUGGGUGAAAUGGUAACUCAGGAAGUAGGUCAUAAGUCAUCUUCUGGUGUGUUUGAUAACAGUUUUAGAUAGAGUCAUUUAAAAGACCUUGGCUAGAGCCCAAGAAUACAGGCUGCAUGUGUAAGCAUCACCAAUUGGGCAGUAAGCAUAACAAAAAAUUGGUGAGUAAAGUAUAUUCAUGGGAACUAAAGAGUGUUUUAUGAAAUACAAGGAGGCUAGAAACAAACUAGUGUGGUGUUAUAGGUGUUUUGUUAGCAUUUGUAUAACCAAGAUGUUAUAAUCACAAUAUAAUUGUGUAUAAUCAAUAGAUAUCAAGAUGUUAUAAUUGCAAUAUAAUCAAGAGAGUAAGGCAAAGCAGACAACGAUCACAAAAAGAGAAUAAGUGGAAGAGCUUACCCUUGGGUUGAGCUCACCAGAAGAUACCAAAAGAGGGGAUCUCCAGAAGAGAUCCUUCCCCUCUGGUAGCCAGCUCUUAAAUAGGUCUAGGAGCAGCACAGGUGAAUUGCCUUCACCUGUGCUCCUCUGGCUGACUCAUGGCUCACCUCAGGUGAUCAAUCAGAGGUUCAGGCCGUGACUCAGCAGUUCCCAUACACCAUUUUUGGUUGAGUGGUCUCUAUUGCUUCUUUGGAGAUUUACUAAAGCUGUCUUGUAGAACUCAAAUGUGAAGUUUGGUAGACAUGAAAGUAGAACAUUCAUUUAUAAUGAAAACAAAGGUACCUAGCCUACUUCUUCAUUCUUAAGAUGCACUUAGUUUUACAGAGAUCUGGCACUUCCCCUUUUUUUAAUGAAUGUUCUUGUGCUGUAAGUAGAUGAAAAAAGUAGUUCUUACUAACAUUCUGUGUUAUCUUUUUUGUAGUCAGUCAUCGUGCCUGUUCACAACAGCCAGUGUUGGCUAGAUGAAUGCUUAAAAUCAGUUUGGGAGCAGGAUUUUAAACAAACCAUGGAGCUGUCAAUUUUUAAUGAUGCCAGUAAGGAUGGUUCAGCUGAAAUCAUCGCUAAAUGGAAGGUUAAGUUGGAAGAUGCUGGUAUUCCAGUAGUCGUUGGUAGUAAUGAUUCAGCUCAGCCUCGAGGAGUUGGAUUUGCUAAAAAUCAAGCAAUAAUGCAGAGCUCAGGAACCUAUCUCUGCUUUCUGGAUUCAGACGAUGUGAUGAUGCCACAGCGGGUUAGACUGCAGUAUGAAGCUGCCAUUCAACACCCAAACAGUAUUAUUGGUUGCCAAGUCAGAAGAGAGCCACCAGAGUCUACUGAACGGUACACACGUUGGAUCAAUAGUCUGACUGAAGAGCAACUUCUUACACAGGUGUUCACCUCCCAUGGGCCUACUGUCAUCAUGCCAACCUGGUUCUGUUCUCGAGAAUGGUUUUAUCACGUAGGAAAAUUUGAUGAGGGUGGAAAGGGUGUUCCAGAAGACUUGUUGUUUUUUUAUAAACAUCUCCAGAAGGGAGGUGAAGUCCUUCGAGUGAACCAUUGCCUUCUGCUGUACCGUUACCAUCCACAGGCUGCAACUCAUUCUGUCCUUGAGGAAACCAUCUGGAAUCACCGAGUCAAGUUUCUUGAGGAUAGAGUCCUGAGCUCCUGGGCGUCAUUCACUAUUUGGAAUGCUGGCAAGCAAGGCAAGAAGCUCUACAGAAGUUUGUCACCAGCUAAUCGGGAAAAGGUAACUGCGUUUUGCGAUGUUGAUGAGAAGAAAAUAGCAAAAGGAUUCUACACUUAUGAAGAAUCUGAGGAGAGACCAAAACCAAAAAUUCCUAUAUGUCACUUCAGAGAAGCAACUCCACCUUUCAUUAUCUGUGUGAAGCAGCUGCUUACUUUCUGGGAGAACUUAAUGAGGCCAACAGCCAUUCAGAUGGGGCUGCCUCUACAAACCGCAGGCAGGUUAUGUCCUUGCCCAUCUCACUUUGUGACUGAGACACGCAGGUACUGCUAACGUUGGUGCUGUAAGACCUGAUGGCAAAAACGUGCAGAGGUGAAUGAAAGUCAGUAUGCAAGGAGUUGCAGCAGUGUUGUACCCUGGGAGAAUGAGAGGGGCCAAAGGGACAAGAAAAUGAUGAGAAUAAACUUGCAUAAUAAUGUAGUGGGAGCCCUCAGAGCUUGCCUCUGUGUAAGUCUUAAAUGUACCUGUUAAUAAUACAAACCUCACCCUACCCCUCUGUCAUUAUGCCAUAUUAUUGGUGUGAUAUUAUGAAGAUAAGGGAUCGGGUUAGAAGGACACAGACGUUUAUAAUGAAGAGCUGAAACCAAGUAUUUGUCUGUAGUGCUGAAUAUACUGUUAUUACCUGAGAAACCUCGGACACAGUGAGACAGACAGACAACGCAGGUAUCUGUACCAAAGUGUAGGACGUGUAAAAGCCAGGAGAGAGCAAAGGACUCGGAGGGUGUCGUCCAGCAGAGUUCUGAGUCGCACUCCCAAACCCAGCCUGCUGGACCCUCCUUUCUGCUACCGCAGGGUUUUGCAGCUGAUCCUCAGGAAGUUUUACAACCUCUCUUUCAGCCAUUGUCAUACUUGCUGGAUUUAAUUACUGUUAUGAGUCUCCGUGGAGGCAGUUGGAAUCUACAAAAUCCCAUUCUUAGUACUUGCGAGGUUGUGCCGGGAUUGAAAUGGCCACGCUUUUCAGUAGUAGUUUUGUCAUGGAAAGUAGUCUUCUACCAAAACAAAACAAGCUGAUAAAUGUCUGUGGUUUAAAAUAUUCAGGUAUCCUGUCUGCAGCAGCUUUCAAACUUCUGGGUCUGACCGCUAAAGGAAAUGGUUUCUAAAUGGGCUGAGAAGAGCAGAGUGUUGAACUUUCAUUCAUCUGCGCUGCUAUUGUGCGGGCCACAAAAUGCCGCGGGUUGGCCUUUGCUGUAUUUAUAGACGGAAUUUGCCUUGCUUUCUGUGCAGCCCACAUCUGAAGGAACAGCUAAAAGCAAACCUUCCCAGCUGCUUUUCUUUAUUCACCUCUCUCCAUUUCCCCUUCCAGCGCGUUUUUCAAACAAAGAAAUAUGGUAGGAUGCAUACGCAGAUAAAUGUUAAGACCGCAUCAAAUGAAAAAUGUUCUGUACUUUCUGAUAGCUAUUUCUGCCUCUCUGAUUCUAUUCGCUUGCAUACAUCAAAUGGAACUCUGCAGAAAAUGUUGAUGUUAGGAGCUAAGUCCCAAGGUGAGGUGAAAGGCAUGACCACAAC